ACCGCUCCCCCCGGGUGGAUCAUGCACGCGUCGCUGAUUUUGUUGGCCAUUGGUGCGGUGUGGGCGAAAGAAACGGUUCGCGACAAGAGAUUUCCCUCCAAGGAACAAGACAAACGAAGCGCUUAAGUUGUGGAACGAUCGAUCAAUCGAUCAGCAGAGUGUACCACCGUCACGGCUCUCCUCACGAGUAACAACAGGCGAAGAAUAUGGUGAAACCGGCGGCCAGGGUAGUGAUCAAGUUUCUAGAAUUAUUAGGUUGUGUGGCGUGCGUUAUUACGAAGAUUAUCACCGAUCAUGAGUCGCGGCGAGUGUUUGUGAGAAAUCAGAAGCUAUCGCGCGAAUGGAGUCUGAUCCACAACAUAACCUGGAGCAGCGGUGGCAAUGCAUUUACGAACAUCGUCUACGGGGGAUACACGAUAGUCAUCGCGCUAAUGCUAAUUACAAGAUGCGUCGAUGCAAAAACACGUCCGAAUCUGUUCGAAAAGAUCGUGCUGUCGUUGGGGACUUUGUUGUUUUUUGCCGCAGGUGGCCUAGUGUUCGCCUCAAUAGACCAAGUCCACCCCGAUCUGCACGAUAAUGCCAUCAUACUGGGCUGCCUGUCGUUUCUGGUGGCAAUCCUGUUCGUCAUCGACUUGGCUGACCCAUUGGCACGGAUGACCGCUCACAUGACUCAGACGGAUACUGGGUCGGGUCUGACACGCGGAACCGAUGUCACCGAUCGGAUGUCAAUGAAAAAGAACGUGGCUACCGACACUGAGCAGGCGCCAAUCUUUGUGGUGUCGAAAGCGGAAUCAACCCACCAGCAACCUCAACAUCAGAACCAUCAUCACCACAACCACCAAAACCACCAGAACCACCAGAACCACCAGAACCACCAGAACCACCAGAACCACAAUCACCAGCGCAGUGAGGAGUACCGGGAUGGGGACACGUCUCCGCUCAGUCGGAGUGCAGAGUCUAUCGUGGAACGGAAGGUGUACCCAUCGGCUCAGGUGCCAGUAUUUGCGCACGUCGCACGUGCGCCCGAAGAAAGUCGUCGGAUAGCUGGCAAGGAGAUCCAGUACCUACCACGGCAGGACUAUCGGGACCGGCGGGCCUAUCGUGAUGCAGGCCGACACUCAGGGCACCACCACCAGCAUCAGAAACAACCCCAGGAAGAUGCUUCCGGUCCCGGCUACCACGACAAUGGUUCUUUCGUCGGAGACAUUCUUCCUUCGCGGAAAAGCACCUACGUACCGGCGGACAAGUUUGACCAGGAAGCAUUGCAGAUGAGUGCCAGUUCCGGACAUCCGGCACGUUCAAGACCGGCACCGCCAUCGAAACCUCUGAGCAUUAUCCGAACCAACUUCCGCUCGAACCAAAGCUCACCGACCGACUCCAACUGCAGCGGAUGUCGUUGCUCGCAGCGCAGCACCAGCACUAGGAAGCUGGAGGAAGGUCGCGACGAGUUCGACACACCCAUCAGGCCCGGAUUCGUAGCAAACGCUGCGAAGAAGUGGGACGAUCGGGCUCGCAGCAAAAGUCAACCCAUCGUGGGCCUCAACACAAUGGUGUGAAUCCGAGUUCGGAUAGUGUUGUAGUUCUUUACUUCUUUUCUAAGUUUUCUAAGUUUUAGUCUUUUGAAACAGAGACUUCGAGGCACGGGUGCACCGCGUGAGGGAAUAAAUAA